AUGUUGCCGGAGGACUUGAAAUCCCCUGCGAAGCUCAUGCGCAGCUAUGAAUGGGAUGCAAUCACCUGUUUGUUCGGCAACCUCCACAGCCUCGGGGGGGAUAUUGAGGGUCAAGUCUCCAAUCCGUCUCUCAUGAGCCAGUUACUGAGUUCGCCGGUUGCUUCCGAGUGUCGCCGCGACCAGUGCUCCUCUUACCCUUGGGAUCAUGCCAACAACUUCUUCCCAACGCCCUCUGGUACAUGGGAGAACUAUGGAAAGUCUUCGUCCCUCCCCGCGCCCACCAUAACCUUUGUCCGUCACAGAGCGCACAUUGCAGUACAGUUAACGACGAUGAAGCCCUUUGGUUUUCUAUUCCACUGGACAGGAACGCAGUCUCUGUCAGGCCGCAAGCAGAUGUGGAUCUGCGACCCCAUUGUGCGGCCUGUACUUCACGAUCGCCGGUGUCGCGAGUCUGUGCCUAGGAAGGCCGGCGCACCGUCGAAUGACGCGUGCUUCUGCUCACAGCGGCGACCAACGUCGUCCAGCAACGCGAAGCUGCCCACUCUACCAUCGAAUGCCUCACCACUGGAGUCCUCUUCAAGGGUUGCUAAGGCUCCACGGACCGACAAAGGCAAGAAGAAGAGGUCUCGCAAGGAACAAGAGUCUUCUUCUCUGUCAAAAGACACGCUUCAGGAUGCUUUCCUGGCACCACCAAAUGGCCAGAAGAACACAGAAAAGACGCCGGUCCUUCGGUUGACGAUGACCAACAUCGUCGCGGCCCCCGCGAUCCCCGGCCCCAUAAUCCCUGGACCUCCCGCGCCUCCAGCGGGCACACCCAGGGCCGACUGGGACCAGCCGGCGCCCCACGUGCGGGCUAACGACGACUCAAGAGUAGGGUGUCUCCCUCUUCGUCGAGCUGCCUCCCGCGGCCUGGCUGCGCCUCCACAUAUCCCGGCUUCUGUCCUCCGCGAGUUUUUUAUGCCCCCGCGACUCGGCCCUGUUGUCUCAACCAUUUUCCCGAUCUUCUUUUGGGGUGAAAUCAUGCAAUCGAUUUGA